AGGAUCAGACCUCCGCUGCCAAAUCUCGACGUGAGCCGCCAAGCAAGCGAAAGGGCGUCAUGGGUGACUUUCUUGGCGAAUUGCAGAAAGAGCAGGCCCAAAGAGAAGAGCGAUACAAAGACAAGAUUGCAGAAGGCAAAUCAGUCUCCUCUAUCCUUGCUCUUGAGGGACAGAAAGUCGGCUCUCGAGAUUCAGGCGAUCCUCUGACCACUAAUGUCUGCGCUUUGAAUUUGCCGGCCAACAUCUCUGAGAAGGCCUUGGGUGACUUCUUCUCCCAAUGGGGAGACAUAGGUACCGUCAAGAUUAUGUGGCCUCGAGGCGAUGACGUGCACGGGGGUGCCGGAGGUGGUAUCACUUCGCUGCGUAAUACUCGUUCCGCUGGUCUGACUGGUUUUGUGUGCUUCAUGGAGCGGGCAGACGCAGAAUUUGCCUGUCGGGAAGCGGACGGCAUCACGUGGGGCGGAUGUAUCCUCCGAACGAGCUGGGGUAAAGCUAUGCCGAAGCCCCCCAGACCUUACUACGUGCGACCGAAAGGCGCCGAAAAGCGACAUCGGUCGCAAUCUGCUUCACCUCAGCCGUCAUGGGCAAAGAAGCGGUCAUCGGCAUCGCCUUCGUCCCGAAAACAUCGGCGGAUGGCUCGCAGCCCAUCACCUCGGACUCAAGUGGAACAGCGUCUUGAGGGCAGCGAAGAUCAAACAGUCAUCCAGAGCGUCGCAGCCCGAGUCAAAGAGUACGGUCCUUCUUUCGAAAGUAUGGUCAGGGAGAAAGAGUGGGAUAACCCAAAAUACGCCUGGCUCAGGGACGACGAGUCGAUGGAAGCACAGUACUACCAGACUCUUCUGAAUCCUCGCUAUGUUCCCGAGCUUCCAGCUAAAGCCUUCGAAGACGAUGGCAACGCGUCUCUGUAUGACAGCGACAGUGGAGAAGAUUCUGAAGCAGAGCGCUUGCGCAAGCAGCGGAAGACGGACGUGCUGGGAAAGGCAACACGACGGCGAUUCGAAGCUAUGCUGAGGGGGAUCACGCUACGCAGAGAGCGGAUCGCAGGGGUGAUGCUCUUCGCGCUCGAGCACGCGCAUGCAGCGGACACGAUAAGCGACAUUCUAAUGCAAUCCUUGCUCAUUCCAUCGACGCCUGUACCGCGCAAAGUAGCGCGGCUGUAUGUCGUCUCGGACAUCCUACACAAUUCAGCUGCACCAUUACCGAAUGCCUGGAGAUACCGAUCAGCCUUUGAGGCACGCAUCGGUGCCAUCUUCUCUCACUUUGGCGACGUCGCCAAGUCCUUUCCCGGGCUGAUGAAGCAGGAAGGGUUCAAGACGCAGCUCAGGGCCCUGCUCGAGGUCUGGGACUCUUGGAUGGUCUUCCCCCCUGCUACCCUCGAGGAGUUGAGCAUCGGGCUGGAGCGAGGGAGCAAAGGGGCAGGAGAAGUGGAGGCUGCAGCAAGUGGGCAAGAUGGGGCUCAGGGGAAAGUGGCAGGGCAUGGGGCGGACGACGACGACGAAGACGGUGCCGAAGCUGAUGUCGACGGUGAGGAGCUCGGCGACCAAGAGGAUCAUGCACGCCAACCUGCAGACAUUGAGGAAGACGAGGACGUCGAUGGAGAAGCACUCUGAGCCCCUUUGCUUUCGAGGAGACUGUCUGUACCUGGUUCGUCGGUCAUGUAUGUUCCCCAUAUCUUGCCUCCCUCCAUCCAUGCAUGACCAAGUGUCAUUCUUCCUUGAUUGACAAUUGACCCAAUCGG